AACUAAUUAAAUUAGAUAAAAAUGUCUCGACAAGGGUCGAAAUUUGAUAUGAAAAAAGUCAAUUCGGAACUAGUGACACUUACUUAUGGGACAUUAGUUGCACAAAUUGUAAAAGAUUAUGAAAAUGUUGACGAUGUGAAUCGACAAUUAGAUCGUAUAGGAUAUAAUAUGGGUGUCAGAUUGAUUGAAGAUUUUCUUGCAAAGAGUGGAAGUGGUCGAUGUUUAGAUUUACGUGAUACAGCUGAUAAAAUACAAACGGCUUUUCAUAUGUAUUUGGGUAUAUCUGUAGGUAUUGGUGGAUGGAGUCCUGCGGGGGACGAAUUUGCAAUCACAAUUGAUUCAAAUCCAUUAACUGAUUUAGUUGAAUUACCGGAUGAGUUGAGGACAACCUUAAAAUAUUGUGGUGUAUUAUGUGGAGCUAUUCGGGGUGCUUUGGAAAUGGUUCAACUAGAAGUUCAAUGUUGGAUUUCACAAGAUCAACUUAAAGGUGAUGCGAAUACAGAAUUAAGGGUGAAAUUUAUACGUAAAUUAGAAGAUGCGGUACCGGCUGGUGAAGAUUGAAAAAAACUAAAUUUAUUAAAUAAAUAUUUUUUUUAUUUUUAUUUUAUUUUUAUAAAUAUCUGUUAUCUAAACAUUGUAGAGGGAAUUUAACAAUUCCUUCAAUAACUUUUGCAACUGAAAAUAAAGCACGUUCGCUGCAAUUGGGUCCGAUAAGUUGUAUACUGAUAGGAAGUUUAUCUUUAGAAAGUUUUAUUGGUAUAGAUAAAGCAGGAACGCCUACAAUUAAUAAAAAAAAUUUAUAUACAUAUA